AUGGCCGACAGCAGCAGCGCGCAAUCAACUCCCGUCGAGUCAUCGGCAUCGACGACACCGGCGCCGCCCAAUGCCAAUGCGCCCGCCCAGCAAAAGCAGCAAAAGCAGCAAAACAACAAGAAGCAAAACAGACCUCCUCAUCCUAAUGCCAUUGCCGCCGCCGCCAAUGCGAAACCGAAGCCGGUCAAGAAGGAGUCCGGGCCCGGCGAAGAGAAGGAGCUGAGCGAUUCCUGGGCUUGGUUUCGCCGUGAAGAAGCAACCUGGAAUUACCGCUUCAUUGGCGAGGGCUUUGAGCGCCUAGCUGAGACGAUGGAGAAAGUCAAUGGUGGUGCGGUAGUUGUGGACGGGUUGGUGACGGACCAGAAGGUGGGGGAGGAGGGUGUUGAAGAGCCGAAGGAACUCAAGGGGGUCGUGAGGAGCGAGGUCAUCGACGGCGUAAUCGGCUUUUCGCAGGGUGGCGCAAUGGCAGCUAUGCUCACCGCCGCCAUGGAGCACUUAUCCCCGGGUCAUCCACGCCCGGUGUUAACGGCUGAGCAUGAAGCCUGGGCUAGGCAGAUAAGGGAUGCGAACAAGGGGCAACCGCUCAAGUUCUGUGUGUCAUACAGUGGCUUUUUCGCACUGCCGCCUGAGCUUGGAUGGCUGUGGGAGCCGAAGGUCAAGACGCCGACGAUGCAUUUCUUGGGAAGUCUGGAUACGGUUGUUGAGGAGAGUAGGAGUAGGAGGCUGGUGGAGGCUUGUGAGGAUGCGGUUGUUGUGGUGCAUCCGGGCGGUCAUUAUGUCCCGGUUAGUAAGGAGUGGGUGGCGCCGCUGGUGGGGUUUAUUAGGGGGUGUUUGGAGAGGUAUAAGAAGGAGGAGGAGGAGGGGAAGAAGGGGGAGGAGGAGAAGAAUUUGUGA